UCGAUGUUUACCGAAGAUGACUUGACACAUUUCAUAAUGCUUAGGUUGUUAUUCUCUUUUUCUAACCUAAAUACUAUCCGGUCAUUUUCUCAAAAACAUUUGAAACAAGUUCGAAAAUUCUAUGCUUUAAGAAAAUACCACAGCGGUAAUAUGGAAAGUUUUUCAAAUGAAACUCGAUUGGUAUGGGUUGACCUUGAGAUGUCAGGAUUGGAUGAUUCAAAGGAUCAAAUUCUGGAAAUUGCAUGUUUAAUUACAGAUACUGAUCUUAAUCUUAUAGCUGAGGGACCAGAUAUCAUAAUUCAUCAACCUGAUUCAGUUCUUGAUUCGAUGAAUGAGUGGUGUAAAAGUCAUCAUGGAGAGUCAGGAUUAACCCAGGCAGUAAAGGAGUCAACAACAAGUUUAAAACAAGCUGAAGACAGAAUAAUUGAAUUCAUCACAACCCAUACAAAACCAAAUAAAUCACUUCUAGCUGGAAACUCAGUUCAUGUGGAUAAAUUGUUCCUAUCUAGAUUUAUGCCACAAGUUAUUGAGCAUCUUCAUUAUAGAAUUGUUGAUGUCAGCACAGUCAAAGAGCUUUGCAAAUAUUGGUAUCCAAAGGCAUACCACAGAGUUCCGAAUAAAUCUCAAACUCACAGAGCUCUACAAGACAUCAAGGAAAGUCUACAAGAAUUAAAGUUCUACAAAUCAACAAUCUUUAAAUGAUGAUCAAUACUAUUUUUUAUUUUUGUACUUAUGCUCUGGCUUCAAUAAUCAAUAUAUUUGUGACAAGAAUUAUAUCAAUUUGUUUCAAAGGUUCAUCAAAAAGUCUUGAAUGUUUGGACAUUAACGAGAUGAUGUAGCAACACAAACAAUUCUACUUUGAACAUUUGAUUGAUGUUUAUUAAAAAGUCUUGAAUGUUUGGACAUUAACGAGAUGAUGUAGCAACACAAACAAUUCUACUUCGAACAUUUGAUUGAUGUUUAUUAAAACAACGAAAACAAA